AUGAAUUUACAGGCCUACUGUUAGCUAGCUAACGUUAGCAUGCUAACCGACUAACUAUCAGGUCUAGGUUAGCUAUUUUGUUGAUAAGAAGCAGAGCCUGUGCAUGUUGUAUCACAACAGUUUGUUGAUUUUCUCUGGGGGGCUUUUCUAUAUACUUUUAUUAACCCGUCUACUUGACAUAACAGACCGUCCAGCAGAAGCUAUUUUCAGAGAAGUUGGAACUUAACCUCAGCAAGGCUAUCAUGGAGAGCAGAAAGAGGGCAGCAGCUUCUUCCAACUCUCCAAGUUUGGUUUUCUGGUCCUCGUCGUUCCCACGACAACCAGCCAGGGUCCUAAUUGUGGAGGCGCUGCCGCCCCGAUGGUCAGAAACCCGCACGGUUCUUUGCGAUGCUCUGGACAACUUCUUGUCUCUGGCCUCUAGUCUGGAUGGGCCCUGUAGGAUACCUCUACUGAGCCUGUAUGCCGUCAGCAGGCAGCGGGAAUGUCUAUUGCCACUUGUGCAAGUUCGUGGUAACUUCGCCAGGCUGCAUUCCUGCGUUGAAGAGCUGAGGUCUAUUCCAAGUGAAGGUUGUAUCAGAGGAGCAGCCGCGGGAGCUGAUCUGCUGCGACAGGCAGUGCUGGACAGUCUGCAGCAGUUUAAACAGUACAUCAGACACACCAGCGCUGGCAGUCAGGCCGGCAGCAACAUCUCUGUGGAGGUUACUCUGGUGACCACCCAGCCAGGCCGUAGCAUUGUUCAUCAGCUGGAGAUGGGGCUCAAAGAUGCUGACCUGGUUUCACUGAAGCGACUCCUGGUAGUGCAGAUCUACAGUACAGGAGACUGGGGCCAAGACGCUCUCUCACCUGAGGCCGCCGCACUCUCAGAGACUGAAGACUCUCUGAUGCUGGGGACAGAGGUCGACCUGCAGCAGGUGGAGAACACUGUGUUUGCCAUAGAGACUGUGUUCAAGGCAUGGCUUCAAGAACAGGGUGGAGACAGAGAGCACCUUCACCUCUUGCUACCAAGCCCCAUGGAUAACCUCAUUCCAGUGUGCGUGAAGUGCGACAUGCAGGAGCGCAUGAUAAGCCCGGCGCUCAUCCCGCUGACCCCGAACCUGGGAGUGAAGACUGAGAGCAUUCGGGACUUCCUGCCUGGCCCUAAGGGCUCGGCCAAUCAAAGCCCAGCACCGCAGACACUGAAAAGUCGUGACCUGUUCCUGCUGCUGCAGGUGGAGCCGGCUCAGAAGUCUGCAGCUGGAGCCUCAGGUCCAUGUGUGUAUUCCCACUACAUCCUCCAGCCAUCUCCAUCUCUGUCCCUGCUGCUGAAGCCUGUGGUCUCCAGAGAGUUGCUGCUGCCGUGCUCACAGCUGGUCUCGGCUCAGGACCCUGCACAUCACGCCAUGCAGACUAUACAGAGCUGUCUCACUCAGCUGGAUGAGGAGUUUGUUUUAAACCCUCUCUGCCUGAGCAGUAACCUCUACCAGCACCUCAGGAGCCGAGGCCUGCUCUCCCAGCCACGAUACCCAUACAGGAUUCAGCCACCACAGGAGGGCCCUAAAAGCACAGGCAGCAGACAGCCACGGCAGCUACAAAACUACAGUCGCCAACUGGGAAUGAACAACAAGGUCAGGGCCACCGUUGCUCCGCUACCCUCCUCCUCCGCCGCCUCCUCUUCCUCCUCGCUGGGACCUCCUCCCAGCAAGGCCUCCCGCCCAGCUCUGAACUUCCUCAGCAGCAGCAGCAGUGGCAGCAGUCGGGCCCCUACCCGGCAAGAGGGAAACGAUGAUGAUGAUGAUAACUCUGUGCUAAUACAGUAAGAGUGCUGCAGGGUUAGUAGCAGAAAGUGAGGAAAAGUCCAUUGUUGCACACUUCAAAGGGGUUCCAGUGGAAUCAGCGCACCUGCAAAUAUAUAGGCCCUCACACACACACACACAUAUUUGGCUAAUUGGUCUCCACUGUAAAGCUGGUGAGCAAUCAGGCAGCUCAUAAAGGCUUUAAAGAAAGGAAGAGACAAGCUAAUUUGCACGUAAAUGCACACAGGAGGCAGUGCAACACGCUGUGAGCACACUUACUCUGCACUGCACUCUGGGUGGUUCUUCUGACACUUUCUUUCAUCUCUAUUUAUUCUCACCGCUCGCUCAAACAAUAUUAGUUAGCUCUGAAUUUAACAAGCCUCCGUCGCUGCAUUUGCAAGCAUGUGCGUGUAUGUGUGCGAGCGUGAAUGUGAGAAAGGAAAGUUUCAGCUCGCUGCCAUGUGCAGAUUGCUGAGUUAGCAAAACGUCAAAAUCACACACCGUAAACAAUGAAAAAGAAAAAAGCAGGAUAAAAGAUGAAAAGAAGGGAAGCGGCAGGACAAUGAAAGCCUUAAACAGUCACCCAAAAAAAAUGGAGGGAAGUAAUAAGAAGUUGCAAAAAAAAAAAGAACAAACGUGGGUGGUGUGUGGGAGAUCAGAGGGAGAUUAAAAGCUGAUGGAUGUAUAAAAAACAGUGUCUGUGCGCUACAGCACGCACGCUGGCACGCACAGCUUUAAGUCAAAAGGAAACUAGCUACAAAACUACAAUUGAUGCAUAAUAAACGAGAAGUGCUGUAUAAAGACUUAUAGCGCGCACACAUGCACAUUCCAUCUUCGCGUCGCCCUUAAGCUCCCGUUCGAACACAGCUUCACUGUUUCAACGAGCCAGAGACAGAGAGGCCUCUCUGCUCGCCUUUACCCCCGCCGCCAGCUCUCUCUGCGAGGGUUUAAAGGCAGCGUGAGGGGGAGGAGGGUGGAUGGAAGAAAACUGAUAAAAUCUCCAGUGUGUUCUGUGAAAAAGUGAAUAUGACAACUUUGCAUUGGAAAAAAACACUCCGUUGUGUCUGCGAGUGAGUGUGUGUGUGAGGCGAUUUGAAGCUAUCACAUCACUGCUGGUUUGUGCACAGUUUUAUAUUUACACUCCGACAGUGAUUCACAUUCACACAUUAGUUACGUUUGUCCGUCGUCACUGUUAUGAAUUCAUUUCCCGUGAAUGAGCCUUGUCACACACAGGUUUAAUGAGUCUCCCGCCAUUCCACCCCCUUAUUGAACCUUAUAACAUUUGGCACAUCCCAGCGGCCAGUGACUUCACGACGUUGUGAUGUCACACUACUUCCUCAUUCACGAAUUGCGACGACAACGAUGCUUUUGUCUCUGAAAAGAAUUCACCCGGACCUUCAAAACUAGCCGCUAACAUUUUCCCCACUUCCCCCUCUCUCUCCCGUCGCUUCUUCACUCUCGCUCUUCACUUUCUUUUUGAUUCUCACGAGCGCUGGAGAGCUGAGUCAACUGGUGCGAAUUUCAUAAAUUUGUUCAGAUGCAACAACAGCAGUCCCUCUGUCCCCGGAGAGGUCAGAAGGCUAGAGCCGGAGCUCUUCUGCGUGACCUGCACACUGUUAGACACACUCCUCAUUAAAUGUCACAACUGUUACAGAUAAAUGUGAUAUUACCAGAAACUGACAAAAGUUCAAUUGUUUUUGAAAUUGCAGGAAGUUUAACAGUGUCCCGCUUGUCAGGUGACUUUUUCGAUUUUUCGCUCUAAAGCAAAAGGUCUUCUCUGAAAAAUGUUUUGCAUUUGUUGUUGUUCUUUUUUUCCUCAUCUCACAGUGUUAAUUCAAUCGUGUUCCCGUUCAGCUUUCUUUCAUAUAUAUGAGGUGUAUAUAUAUAUAUAUAUAUAUAUACACAUGUAUAAACCUGUAUCUGAUCUGUUCAUCUGCUGUGGAAUAAUAAAAUACCAGUUUGUGGGCGGAUGAUUGCGGUAACAUUUCUGUAGCAUAAGGUGCUGAUAGUAGAAGAAGGGCACCUAACCGCCUUUAACCUUUUACCUCCCACAGGUUUCCCUGCACAUUAAUAACAUUAUUGAGUUUCCCAAGGAUGAGAGCAGAAUGAAAAGGCGUAUAAAUAUGAAACUGUUGCAUAUUUAAUGAUUGAUUCUCUUUGUCAUCUUCAUCAUUAUCGCUUAAAAAAAAACUCCACCGCACAAUUAAGUGCAUCCAGUGUUUAACUAAAACCUUAAAAACGCUUUUCGUUUUAAGCCAUGAACCUAUUGAAAUUAACCUUUUUAAAAGUGUAGCUCUGG